AUGGCCCGGCAUAUAGCCCUGCUGAUCUGCUCAUUGCUGGCGAUGGCUGGGAGUAAUCCAAUCGAUGUGGACUGUACUCGUAGACAGGAUUUUAAUAUUGUCAAGGAUUGCUGUGCCUAUCCCACAUUUCGGUUUGACCAGUUCAAAAGCCAGUGUGGUAAAUACAUGCCAGUUGGUGCUCCCAGAAUUUCACCCUGUCUGUAUGAAUGCAUUUUCAAUGAGACCAACACAGUUGUGGACGGAGCUAUUCAUCCUGACAAUGCCCGACUCAUGCUGGAGAAGCUUUUCGGUAAUCAGGACUUUGAGGAAGCCUAUUUAAAUGGUUUCAUGAGCUGUUCGGAUGCUGUGCAAGAGAUGAUUAGCAAUAGGAGGCCACGGCCCCAGAGAAAAACAGAACAGUGCUCUCCAUUCGCACUUUUCUAUGGAAUCUGUGCACAGAAAUAUGUCUUUAACCACUGUCCAUCAUCCAGCUGGUCCGGCACUGAAUCUUGCGAAAUGGCACGAUUGCAAAACAUGAACUGUUCGAAAUCAACACGUGGUUCUAGUCAUCGCCUUUAAAGGCAUAUAAUAAAA